AUGUCAUCUCAAAUCACAGUCACUCCCAUUUCUCCUUCAACCGAGUCAAGCAUCGACUUUGGCGCAGUCGUAUCCAACGUCGACAUUGAAAACAUGACUGAUGCCGAUUUUGAUGUCAUCCAUCAAGCUCUCUUCACCCACCAAGUUCUCGUCUUCAAGAACCAAAGCCACGUCUCGCCCAAAGCCCAGUAUGAAAUCACUCGCCGCUUCGACCCUGAAGCUGCGGGUUCAUACGGCCAUGGAAAGACCAUCGAUGCAAAGCGCUCCAUCCUGCAUCCUGACCUGAAGACCAUCCCUCAUCAGCCCCAAGUCCAAGUCAUUGGCAACGGCUUCGUUGAAGAGUACGAGGGUCUGAAGAACAUCCAGCUCAGACAUCCUCACCAUCGCACAUUCCACGCUACCACCAUUCCUGAUGAGAAGGAUCUUGAUUUCACCAGGUUCUACAGAUGGCACAUCGACGCUGCUCUGUACGGUCUCGCUCCCCCGGUGGUCACUACACUCCUCGCAGUUCGUGUUCCUGGCGGUCGUAAGCAGACCCUCGUCUAUGACGACAGCUCGGAUGAGGAGAUGGCUGUGCCACUUGGUACGACCGCUUUCGUGUCGGGCUACGCCAUGUACGACCAACUCUCGCCUGAGAACAAGGAGUUUGUGCGCACCACAAAGGUUGAGUACGCUCCGCAUCCGUACGUGUGGAUGAGCGAUGCAAAGUCCCGCUCCGAUGGUCUAGGCCUGGUCUCUGAAGGAAAAGAGAUUCUCCUCGACAAAUUGCCCCCCAUUGAGCAAGAAAAAAUCCAGAUCCUUCCCAUGUGCUGGCGUAACCCCGUCACGGGCCGCUUAGCUCUUCAGGUCCACCCCUCAGCCGUCCGAAAGCUGCAUCUUGCUGACGGCACGGUGAUUGAUGAUCUCGCCGAGGUUCGUGAGCGGGUUCAUGAUCUUCAACGUCCUGGUAUUUCUCCUGAAAAGGUGUACCCUCAUGACUGGGAGCAGGGAGACCUUGUUCUUUUUCACAACAGAGGACUGAUUCAUUCCGUCGUUGGGGCUUUUGCGGAGGAUGAGGUUCGGCUGUUUAGACAGUGUAACAUUGCUGGUAGCAAGUUGCCUGAAGGUCCAGCUGUUGCGGAGGCUGCGUAG